AUGGCGGCGCUGCAGGCGGAGCGCGGGUACGGGUUGUCCUGCGGGCGGCUCGGCCGGGGCACCCGCGUCUCCGUCUUCCACGUCAAGCUGACGGACAGCGCGGUGCGGGCCUUCGAGGGCUACCAGGGCAGCAAGGACUCUGUUGCAUUGAGACCAACAAUCCAAUUUCAAGGAAACCAAGGGCACAUCACUAUUCCCAGGCCCGAUUGCCAAACGGAAGUGCGAACUUUCAUGUUUUAUCUUUCAAAUAUUGGCAGGGACAGCCCCCAGGGGAGUUUUGACUGUAUACAGCAGUAUGUAUCCAGCAAUGGUAAUAUCCAUCUGGAUUGUCUUGGAAGCAUACAGGAUAAAAUCACUGUGUGCGCUACUGAUGAUUCCUACCAGAAGGCAAGGCAGAGCAUGGCACAAGCUGAGGAGGAAACGCGCAGCCGAAGUGCAAUAGUUAUUAAACCCGGCGGGAGAUAUGUAGGUAAAAAGGUUCAGUUUCGUAAGCCUGCACCAGGAGCUUCCGAUGCUGUUCCCGCUAGGAAACGGCCAACACCAGUCAACCUCGCUAGUGCAAUAAAGAGAGGCAAUAGUGCAAUUUCUCAGAGACCCUUCAAAGAUAGGGUUGUGCACUUAUUGGCACUAAAGCCUUAUAAGAAACCUGAACUUAUUCUCAGAUUGCAAAAGGAUGGACUUUCUCAGCAGGACAAGGAUUUGCUGGACAGCCUCCUGCAACAGGUGGCAAAUCUGAGUGCCAAGGACAGCACUUAUACAUUGAAAGAUUGUAUGUACAAAGAUGUACAGAAAGAUUGGCCUGGCUACUCGGAAGGAGAUCAGCAGUUACUGAAGAGGAUACUUGUUCGGAAACUCUCUCAGCCCCAGAAUGUUAGCAGUUUUGUGGGAGACACUCCUUCCUUGAGUCCCCCAAAAGACAACGUGAACUCCUCUUCCCCUCCUCAGAAACGAUCCCAGCCUCUGGAAUUCAUUGAUCCACUAGCCAACAAAAAGCCUAGGAUAUCUCACUUGGCCUAUAGAACUCAGCCCACUUUUAAUGGGAAACUGAACUCCUCGAACGGGAAAGAUGCACCUGCUCCUGCGGUGCAGUCGGCUGUGGCCGAUUCUGUCAGCUCCGGCUCUCACUUACCAGUUCUGGAGCUUCCAAGGCCUCAUGACCCCCUUUCUGAUGUCAGCAGUGACCUAAGUCACAAUGGCAGAGACUGUGAGAACCCAGAGGCAACUGACAGAUUGACUAAUACUUUGUCAACAGACUGUCCCCAAACGAGCAAACACAACUGUAGCUCACUGUAUGUGAAAACAAAGAAAAAAUCCAAAAAGCACAAAGAAAAAGAGAGAAAAGAGAAAAGUGAAGAAAAAUGCAAAGAGGAGAAGCAGGACUGUGAACUAAUCAAGAAAGGUGGCUUAAAAACGAAUACCUCCAAGGGUGUCAUAGGUUUAAAUGGAACAUGCAAUAAUUCUAGUGUACCAACAUCAACUUCGGAAAUGCCAGAUUAUUUAUUAAAAUAUGCAUCCAUUUCCUCUUUGGAGCAGCGUCAGAGUUAUAAGAAUGACUUCAAUGCGGAGUACAAUGAGUACAGAGACUUGCACGCCCGGAUAGAGAGGAUAACUCGACGGUUCACCCAGUUAGAUUCCCAGCUGAAGCAGCUUUCGCAGGGCUCUGAAGAAUAUAAGACUAUCCAUGAUCAAAUUUUACAGGAAUACCGUAAAAUCAAAAAGACAAACCCCAAUUACAGCCAAGAAAAAAAUCGCUGCGAAUACCUCCACAACAAACUGGCUCAUAUAAAAAAACUGAUAGCAGAGUAUGACCAACAGCAGUUUUAGUCUUGGCACUAAUAUCUGGACUGGGUAGUGCAAAAAAAAAUUCACUUGGAUGUUAGUUUCCUUUAUACAACAAAAAAAGUUAAUUCCUUUCAGAGCCAAGCACGAAGUCCUCGUGGUUGGAAGAACUUGGAGAUGAUGAUGACGCGGAGUCUGUCACGCCAGUGUCUGAGCCAAGUAGUGAAACCAGUGCCUGGCGUAGUCCUCUCCAGUUUUACCCUCUCUGAAUGUUGGAAAGGAAAAUAAAGGAAAAUCUGCUUCUUUGAAGCCAGCUUUUGACACUUAAGGGAAAACUUGCCUAAAGUGAAUAAAACUCCCAAAGGUAAAGAAUCAGUUGUUUUCAUGGAUAAAGUUUGGAAUGAAGUUUAGUUAUCGCUGGCCCAGCUCUUGCCAUGUUGCAUAUUCUGUUCUGCAGAUGGUGAGGAACUGGAAUGCUGCUAAGUUACCUCCUUCUCUGGCCCCUGCAAUGUUGAUAUGCAAGCUGUCUGCGCUACAUGGCACCAUGUUAAAUACUCAAUUUCCCAGAGCUCUCCUUGUUUGUUCCUGUUUGUCAUCUUCUCCAGUUUGUGCUCUCCUGGAGGUGGCGGUGUCAGCAGGAGAGAAACUGCCCAGGAAUCUGCACCGAAUGCUUUGUCCGAUGCAGACUUUUGGAUUCUUCAUAUAUGAAAUCUCUUAUCCAGCUUGUGCAUUUGGAAACAAUCGGCGUAAACUUUGCCAUGGCUUCUCCCGGGUGCACAAUUCAGUCAGCCUGCAUUAUACUUCAUAUACCAAGGCCAGGGAGACUGAGACCUGUCUGUCUUUGACUUUUAUAGUUUUAUACCAAGACAGCCAAUUUUAUUAAUUGCUAAUGAGACUGUGGUCUAUUUUUCUAGAUAUAUAU